AAACCAAUCGAGAGUUUCCUUUGCCGUAUGCUUUGGAUCGUUGUCCUGCUGGAAGCUCCACCCACGUCUCGUCUUCAUCAUCAUGUGUUCGGUACUUAUUUCCCCUAUGGUGUUUACGGUGUUUUUGCUGCAAUUUAAAAAAGAAAUGUGCAAAAGUGGAAUGGUAUUCAGUUGAGUAUUAGUGUGUAUGCAUGCGUGUCUGAUGGCUUCGGGGAAGAAACCGUUUCACGGUCUGUCCGUAAGGGCCGGAAUGCUUCGGUACCUUUUGCCAGACGGCAGGAGGGUGAAGAGUUCGUGUGUGACGCAAUCCACAAUGCUGUUGAUUUUGCGGAUGCGGCGUGCGGUGUAAAUGUCUGUAACGGAGGGAAGAGAGACCCCCGAUGAUUUUCUCCGCUGUCAUCACUAUCCACUGCAGGGUCUUGCGAUCAUAGACCGUGUUGUAGUUGUCUGAUUGUUCCUAUCUGAGACAUUUAUAUUGCAUUUUUUUAAAUUUUUUUAUUUUUUUAAAGAGUCUCUAGUGUCAUUUUAAGUCGUUUUCCCGGUAUUUGGGUCGUAUCACAUCACAUCAACCCGUCGUUGAUUACAACCCUGGAGGUGCGAGGCAAAUGUCCUUUUUAUCGAAUAAUCAUCGAGUUAUUAGUUAAUGUGAGCUCCACUGCGUACGUUGUUAAUACUUGAAUGCGGUUAAAGGUUUAUCAGUAGGACAUUAACAUUAAUCUCUAGGACAUAACAAUAACACUAAUAAUUAUCAUCAGGCCUCUAUUUUGGACAGAAAAUCCUUCACAGAUUUAUUAUACACGUACUGUGUGUCUGUUGACAACAACCUGUUGUGUGGUUUUCAAAUUUAGACCGCAUUUCAUUUUCUAUAUGGACUGUGUUCAUUUACUGGAUUGUUGGGCUUUGCUACAAUUCAUUUUUUAUUUUUUACAGUUCAGCCUAUGUUUUCACAAGUACAUAACUUUCAUACUUUUCAAGUGUGGAUGAUGGAUGGACUAAUCUAAUGUAUGUUGUUAUUUAAACGUGUCUUUGGUGGUUCAAGUUAAAAGGUAAUAACGUUAAUAAGGCCCCUGGGGAAAAUGCAUCCUGACUACAGAAAACCUUUGGAGAAUUUACUUAAUGUGUGUUAACAGAAUAUUUAACCGGGGAGCAUAGGACCCUGGGACCAUAGGAAUGACCCCGACACAACUACUACAUUAGCUUUCACAGCGCUAUUUGGCUUUAGUAUCUCGGCAAGUUCAUUAAACGCUAGCGAAUCUUAGACUAAUAAUUACAUGAUGCAAUUAAAACAAAGCACCAGCAAGUUUUCUAACAUUUAAGUUGACUGUUAUGUUUUUAAUAUUGUCCAGGUUUGUAAAGCGAGCUAACAUAUUAGGCUAACUCGUAUUGUGUAACUGAAAUCAGUAGUUUAAUGGUCAAUAGCAAAAUAGCUAGCAUUAGGCUAGUAUACAGUGUAGUGUACGCUAGCAUUGGGCUAGUAUACGGUGUAGUGUAUCCUAGCAUUAGGCUAGUAUACAGUGUAGUGUAUGCUAGCAUUAGGCUAGUAUACAGUGUAGUGUAUGCUAGCAUUAGGCUAGUAUACAGUGUAGUGUAUGCUAGCAUUAGGCUAGUAUACAGUGUAGUGUAUGCUAGCAUUGGGCUAGUAUACAGUGUAGUGUAUCCUAGCAUUAGGCUAGUAUACGGUGUAGUGUAUGCUAGCAUUAGGCUAGUAUACGGUGUAGCGUAUCCUAGCAUUAGGCUAGUAUACAGUGUAGUGUAUGCUAGCAUUAGGCUAGUAUACAGUGUAGUGUAUGCUAACAUUAGGCUAGUAUACAGUGUAGUGUAUCCUAGCAUUAGGCUAGUAUACGGUGUAGUGUAUGCUAGCAUUAGGCUAGUAUGCGGUGUAGCGUAUGCUAGCAUUAGGCUAGUAUACAGUGUAGUGUAUCCUAGCAUUAGGCUAGUAUACGGUGUAGUGUAUGCUAGCAUUAGGCUAGUAUGCGGUGUAGCGUAUCCUAGCAUUAGGCUAGUAUACAGUGUAGUGUAUCCUAGCAUUAGGCUAGUAUACAGUUUAGUGUAUGCUAGCAUUAGGCUAGUAUACAGUAUAGUAUACUAUACGGUAUAGUGUAUGCUAGCAUUAGGCUAGUAUACAGUUUAGUGUAUGCUAGCAUUAGGCUAGUAUACAGUAUAGUAUACUAUACGGUAUAGUGUAUGCUAGCAUUAGGCUAGUAUACGGUUUAGUGUAUGCUAGCAGUAGGCUAGUAUACAGUAUAGUGUAUGCUAGCAUUAGGCUAGUAUACAGUUUAGUGUAAACUAGUAGACAAAUUUUGCUAGCAAGUGAACCCCACUCACAUGUGUAAGAGAGUGGGAAUUGGCAGUGACUAAAAUGAGUGCGCAUUUCUAUUUUCUCCCAGGCGCAGAUAGCUUCAUUCACCCCUUUUUAUUUCCACCCAAGUGCAAAUAGCUUCUGUGUGUUCUUAAAUCCCACAAGAGUGACUGUACGAUGUAGGUAACUGCUGUUUUUAUCCCAUAAAGAAACCCAGACAGUGUUCAUGUGUAUUUACUAUUCUCUUCCUCCCUGUGUAUAGGUCCUGGACGAAAUAUAACAAGAAAGAGGCUAAAUUCAUGACUCCGUUGACUGUUAGCGAGCUCACAUUCGGACCUGAAUUUCUCUUAGUCAGAUUAGAUAUCGAGCCGGCCCGAGUAAUCGAUUAGAAAAUCAGCGAUCAUGACUCGCAGGCUCUCUUUUAUCUUGCUGCGCUUGUGUCGAUGCGAUGGCUGGUGUGUGUAUGAUGGAUCUUGCGUGUCUCUUUGCAGAGCAGCCCGAGCAUUUGGAGAGUACCUUCACGCUCACCCCGAGAGCCGAAACGGAUCAGAUCACUUAUUGUCUGACACCCUCAUUGGCCACGACUCCGACUCGCCGGAUAGUGUUUGUGCCCAGAACCACAACCACCAGCACAGCUUCUCUCUUCAGGACUCGAACAGCAGCGCCGAGCCCAAUCUGAUCGACCCAACGCUGUGCCUGCUGCAGACUUCAGCCGACCCCUCGACCUCCUCUGAGAGCCGCCUGUCGCUAGAGCGCAGCUUCUCGGUCGAGGAGGAGCAGCAGAAGUGCGUGGAGUGCUCGCUGCAGCCAUCACGCGUCUACACCAUAAGCUGUGAGAGCGCCAUGCUGGCCGGCAGCCGUACCAGCAAGGAGAGCUUGGAGCUGGACGUGCUGAGGGAGGGACGGGACGCCCCGUCUGCCUCCCAAACCCUCGCCCACGCCUCCACCUCCUCCUCACCCAUCCAGCAUCACCACCACCACCAUGUCAACCAGCAGCAUAACGCCGCUGGGCCGAAUUUGCAGCAGCCUGCAGGCGGAGCGUCAGGAAGUGCAGGAGCAGGUUCAUCGCAGCACCAACACCACCACCAUCACCACCAUCACCACCACCUCUCGCAGCCCCUGCAGAGUUCCGUCAGCGCCCACAACAUCCGCGGCUGGGGCGAGGGCAAAGAGUGCGGCCUGGCGUGCGACCUGUGCGCCGGAGAGCCGUCACGCAGCCACGGCUCGCUAGAGCUGGAGAGCAGCGGUCGAGACCCAGGCAAGCAGCGCCGCCCACUAGAGCGCAUGAGCAGUGUGGACCGGGUGACUUUUAUAGACAGAGAAGACAGCCAGUGGUACCCCAAAGAGAACAUGUUCAGCUUCCAGACUGCUACCACGACCAUGCAGGCAAAUUUCCGGAAGCACCUUCGAAUGGUGGGCAGCAGAAGAAUGAAAGCUCAGACCUUUGCAGAGCGCAGGGCGAAGAGCUUCAACCGCUCCUGGAGCGACCCGACCCCGGUCAAGCAAGACUCGCUACCCGACUCAAAAGACAGUGGAGAUCUGCAGCUGCCGUCUGCUGCACAAGAUGAGGGAGGCUGUGACGACACGGGCUGGGAGGAGGAGAAAGAGAUGGAGCGACUGGCCUGUGAAAGCGAUGACUUCAUCCCUCCGAAAGUCAUGUUGAUAUCAUCGAAAGUUCCUAAGGCGGAGUAUGUCCCCAAUAUUAUUCGCAGAAAUGACCCUUCCAUUAUCCCCAUACUUUAUGAUCAUGAGCAUGCGACAUUCGAUGAUAUUUUGGAGGAGAUUGAGAAAAGACUGACUUCCUAUAGGAGAGGAUGCAAGAUCUGGCGCAUGCUCAUCUUCUGUCAGGGUGGACCAGGGCAUUUGUACCUGCUGAAGAAUAAAGUGGCCACUUUUGCCAAGGUGGAAAAAGAGGAGGACAUGAGCCAGUUUUGGAAAAGGCUAAGCAGAUUUAUGAGUAAAGUAAACCCAGAGCCUAACCUGAUCCAUGUCAUGGGCUGCUAUGUCCUGGGGAAUCCUAAUGGAGAAAAGCUGUUCCAGAAGCUGAAGAACCUGAUGAGGCCUUAUUCAGUCACCUUUGAGUCACCGCUGGAGUUAUCUGCACAGGGAAAGGAAAUGAUUGAAAUGUAUUUUGACUUCCGCCUCUACCGAUUGUGGAAGACGAGGCAGCACUCGAAGCUCUUGGACUACGAAGAUCUGUUGUGACCCAGAGACCCUGAGAGCAUGGGUCCUAGCAGACAGAACUCCCCCAUCCCCCCCGCCCCUCCCUCCCCUGUGAAACGACACAUCCCACCAGCUCUCAUUAAAGAUAACAGGAACUAGACAUGGUGCCACUGGUAUCUCAGAGUCAGUUAUUAUGUAUUCCGACCCUUCACUCGAGACCCUGAGUCACAAGCGUGGCAGAAGGGUUCAGGGUUGAAGACGGAGACGAGAGGGGACAUGUGCCAAGGACAGCAUUUCAUGUCGGAGUAAGCAAAGUGAAAUCUCUCCUUGGUGGCAGUGUAGAAGAAUGGAGGCUGACUGUUCAGUGUUUUCUAUGUCACAUAUCUAUUUCACCAAGGCUCUCUCUCAAAGAGUAUUGUGCUUUUAUUUAUAUAUAUAUACAGUAUAUAUAUAAAAUAUAAUAAAAAAGUCUUAUGUCUAAUGCCAGGCUAUUUUUCGAACUUUUUUUUUUUUCUCUUCGAAAAUACAAUUGAGACAUGAGAGGAAAUCAUACUAGUAAUAUAUGGAUGUGCAUACAUCUUGUUAUAAUAUAUUAUGUAGCCAUAGUCAUGCAAAUAAUCCAAAUGUCAGUGGUCCAUUAUUUAUAUAAUGAUGUUUAUCGUUGUGGUCUUUUUAAUGACGUCCUUUGAAUACCUCAGGUUUUAGCCAUUUAAGGAGUAUGUCCAUUAAAACCUCUGUCCAGAUGUGAUCGGGAGUCCUUGUUAAGUAUCUUGUGUGAAGACUGUAUACUCUGCUGACUUAUACAUUAUCGAUAGUCACUAGAGAAGAUGCCGGAGAAUUCUUCUAGCCAAUCGUUGAAUAUGUUUGCCACAUUGUAGUCGAGUUCUGAAAUCUUUGUUACAGUGUAGACUAGUUCAUCUUUCGGGCCUCCAUCGGGAUAUAAUAGGCGGUUUUCGAGCUCCUGGCUUAAGACAUUGUAUUAGCAGUAACCAUUAGUAGAAUUUCAUUUCCGGAGGUCAGCUUACUGCAGUAUGGGAAAUGGCACUGCACUAGUGAAGUGUCAGCGAUUUAUACUGCGUUGCUGCAUUGCUUCAGUGGGGCACAAAUGCUGAAUGCACUAAAAUCUAUUUUUGUGAAAAAAUAUUCAAGCCUGUCAUAUAUCAUGCGAUGUCUUACGUCAGCCAUUGGAUCAGAAGUCCUUGAGUCAGCAAAGUUUGUCACUUGUGGAGAAAGAGAGAGAGCGCGCGAGAGAGAGAGAGAGAGAGAGAGGGGAGCAGGUGAUUACUUUAUGAAGUUCCAGACGUUGACGUCUGACUUUCUGGUCCCUUCAAAAACAUUUUCACAAACAAAGUCAGGGACUUUAUAGGAGGAGUGUGUAAUGUUUCGAGCCCUGCAUACUGCCUGUGAACAAAAGCAUUUACAAGCCUUACUCUCUCUCUCUCUCUCUCUCUCUCUCUCUCUCUCUCUCUCUCUCUCUCUCUCCCACCUCUUCUGUGAUAUGGUUUCGAGGAAGCUCAUAUCUGGGCCCAAAAUUUUCUUUACACCCUGUAAAGCUGGUUUUACACAGUGCGAUUUCGGUGGGCUUUGAAGAUUUCUCGUCACACUGAGAGGAUCCCAGUAAAAUCUUGGCUGAAUUCUAUCAGAGACCGUGUGAUAACACGUAUUCUCCAGGAUUUCGUGAUUUAGCGAUUGCAGAAAUGAACGCGAAAUCAAGCAAACGCUUCCGAAUUACCGCAGAUUUGGGCCAAAAAUGACUAUGUUCUGCUUACGACAUCAAUCCGGGUUUGUGUGGAAAAUGGGGUCCGCAUAAACAGAAACGUUCUUUAUAGUAAUCUUAAAGUUAAACACGUUUUUUUGUUUUGUUUGUUUCUCCAAUGGCACUACGGUAUUUGUAGCUGUCCUGUAACUUCGGCGUAAUCCUAUGCCGUAAUUCUACUGGUGGCUUUUAGAUGAGGGUAAGUAAGAUUUUCGAUACUGCCGAAACAUCAUCUGUUGUCGGUGGCACUGGCGCUAAAUCGUCCACAGAUGAGCACAUCACCUUGUGCAUUAUAAGGCUGAUCUCAAAUCGCGACCAAAGAAUUCUUUUACAGUGUGCAAUUUUUGGUCUACGGCAGCAAGCAGUACAGUGUAAGGCCAGCUUUAAGAGGAUAUGGAUUCGGUGAUUUUCUUUGGUAGGAAGUGUUCAGAUGGAAUAGACGACGGGAUGCACGUGUGAGGAGUUGCUGAUUCUCACCGAGUGUCGGUCGCUAAAAAUUAGCUAGUGAAAAGGAGGUCUGAUGCAAAAGCUAACAUGGCUACUGUUACCCAAAGUGUGCAUUAGCUAACAAUAGUGAAGUGUGUUUUAUAAUUGCUGCUGGUUGCUCUGUUCCUCCUGGCUAACUGAGAAAUUUCAGUUAGAUUAGCUAAAUAAAUAUAGUACUCCAUUCCUAACCUGUGUGUGUGUGCCAGUUGGGACACGUUAAUGAAUUGGCCUGAUUUUGCGGCAAUUUGAGCCAUUUUGAAGCCAUCUGCGAGUUCUGGUUGGUGUCUGUAUGGCUGGAGUAUGUCACAGUGACAUGCUGAGAGAGGUGGGAAAUUGAGUGUGUAUUCAGCCACUAUCAUACUGUUAGGAACAUUUGGUUGUAUAAAUGUUGGUGUGCAGUCUGGAGACCUCGAAAACGAACAGAUGGAAUAGAGUCCAGUUUGAUUCUGCACCGAUUUCUGUACAGCUACAGUGUCGUCCAAAAGUCGGAGACCACUAGUGAACAAUGCUUUUAUUUUCUAUUCUUUUCUAAUCUAAUACGUUUUUUUUUUCCCCCCAUUACAAAUUCUAUUAGGAAUAACUUGGAAAAUAGUGGGCACACGGUUGUUGAGUGGUUCGACCUCACACCUCCAGGGUCGGGGGUUCGAUUCCCACCGUGGCCCUGUGUGUGCGGAGUUCGCAUGUUCUCCCCGUGCUGCGGGGGUUUCCUCCGGGUAUUCCGGUUCCCAGUCCAAAGACAUGCAUGGUAGGCGUGUCCGUAGUGUAUGAAUGGGUGUGUGAUUGUGCCCUGCGAUGGACUGGCACCCUGUCCAGGGUGUACCCCGCCUUGUGCCCGAUGCUCCCUGGGAUAGCCUCCAGGUUUCCCCGUGACCCUGAAAAGGAUAAAGCGAUAUAGAAGAUGGAUGGAACUUGGAAAAUAAAUGUUGAAUCUUAGAAAUAUCAAAUGAAUUUCUUAUCAUUUAGUAUCUUCUUCGACUCUUCCCCCACUUGACAUGGAUUCCACGAGUUUCUUGAAAAACCUCAUGAUCCGUGUUAGAUCGAACACAUCGGAGCGUCAUCCGAGCGCGUGCUUCGCUUUGUUUAUUUCCAGUUUUAAAUAAUAAUAAAGAAAAACUUUCCCAAAUUUAAAUAUGGUAUCAGACUUUUGGACCCCGUUGUACGUUGCCUAAACUAAUCGCCACACACGCUGCAGCUGAAUUUGCAAGCAGGUCAGUUGAUUCAGUUGUAGCAAUAUGAAAAAUGCGAGACUAUUUAUUUAUUUAUUUAUUUAUUUAUUUAUUUAUUUAUCAAACCAUUUUGGGUUAAUUCUGUUCAGUUGCUGUAUCUGAAUUAGAUGUUUGGGUUUGUCUCUAAGACUGCACUCAUCGUACAGUAUGUAUGAAGUGCAUACAGGAGCUAUUAUUUUUUUACACCAUAUGAAGUUUGUACCGUAAUGUCCAGUCAAAAUCAUAAUAAAAAUGAUUCAUUUGAACGGUGUAUCGUUGUAGUUUUGGCUCAGAUUCUCACAUCACAAUGAAUAUUAAUAUAGACAUAAAGAAUCAACUUUAUUUAUAAAGCAUCCUGGGAACUACUUGGCUGCUUUUUGACAGCAGACGUUCGAUUAGUAGACCGUAUUAUGCAUUUCAGACUUGAUGCUAUUUCAUUUGACUGAUUCUUUGUACGUUGUACGGCAUACGUUCCACGUGUGAGUCUUACGGAUACCCUAUACAGACGUUAAAUAGAAGAAUUUUAUCCAGGGAUCGACAGGGGAAAAUAUAUAUUUAGGCAAUUAUUGAGUCAGCCAAUCACGUGGCAGCACCACCGUGCAUACAAUCAUGCAGAUACAGGUCAAGAGCUUCUGUCAAUGUUCACGUCAAGCGUUCGCACGAGGGGGGAAAAUGUGAUCUCGGUGACUUAUUGUCUGAUGGGCUGGUUUGAGUAUUUCAUAAACUACUGAUCUCCUGGAAUUUUCACAUACAACAGUCAAUAGAGUUUACACAGAAUGGUGUGAAAAACAGACAACAGCCAGUAAGUGUUAGUUCUGCAGGCAGAAACUCCUUGUUGAUGAGAGGAAAAUAAGAAAAGAAAAAAAAAUCUUCCGACUGUUGUGUAGGUAAAUGCACCAACUGGCACCAACACCCAUGGCACAGUCAGGAUUUCCAGAGCGUUUGAUAUGAACAUCACCACAAGCUCUUGACCUGUAUCUGCCUGAUCUUAUGCAUUGUGUCGCUGCCACAUGCUGUUGAUUGGAUAAUUGCACAAAUGAGCAGGGGUAUACAGGCUUUCUUUAUUCUAUUAAAUCACUUUAAUACGUUCAUUUGUGUUAGUCUUUGUAAGUCCGUGUUCUCUUGAGAUCUCAGUCCAGAUACGCUACUGGACUCGAACCAGGUGCCGUUCCCACUCCCUCAGCUCCAGUUCUCUUUCCAUGGUGCUUUUCAUCCUGGGUCAUGCAUGUUUUUGUGUGCUAGGGAUCUGGCCAUGUGUGGAGGCAGAUUAACAGCAGCACAGCUGGCCCACUGCUGAUUGAGUUUAUUAAGAGAUGAUUGAUGGUUUGCAGAGUGCAGACUGCGCCGAGCUUUUUUACCGGGCCUCUUCUGACACGAGAUUAGGCUGUUUUUUUGGGGGGGGGGUUAUUUAUUUAUUUAUCUAUUUAUUUAUUUAUUUGUUAUUUUAACACCGUUCUGAUUGCAGAGACCAGGAUGCAUAUUCAGUAACGAAUAAGUUACAUUUCUGAGCUUCUUGAAAGGAGGGACAUGGAGAAUAGUUUAUUUUUAACAUUCCCAGCAAUGUUCCGUGUUUUAUGUUUUUAUUUUUAUUUAUUUUUUUAUUAUUAUUAUUAUUUAUUUUUUUAAUAUAUAUAUAUAUAUGGGCUAGAUGUUGUAGAUAUUAAAUAAAUAUUUCUGAUGGUGUUGCUGAUCUCAUUUGAAACACAUAAUUGUAGCAUAUUUGUUCAUUGUAUAACUGUAUCAUUGUACUGGGGAUUAAACUCAAGUGUGAAGAUUACAUUUGCAGUACUAAUGUCAUUUUGAAUGUCAGACAUUCUACCACACUGGCACUGGACAGGUGCAUAAUGUUUCUAACACUUUUUUCUAAUAAAACAUUUUG